UUUGACCCCAUCGUGCACAGCAACGACUUCCUGCAUGGCUGCGUCCGAUUCUUGAACUCCCAUUUCGCCACGUGAAUCUCUGAAUUCAACUCUCUCUCUCUCUCUCUCUCUCUCUCUCUGUCUAGUGGCUCGCUUCGCCGGCGAGUAUGGACAUGCUGGCCAGAAUGGCGGCUGGGCUUUGUGUCGGGCGAGUGUUGAUGCUGCUCUGCUUCUCUCUGAGUGUAGUUUCGGCCUCAGAGGGAGAUGAGGUUCAGCUGCUGUUGAAGCUGAAGUCCGUGCUCGAGACACCGUCGACCGCAGGUGUUUUCAGUUCAUGGCGGGCAGGCGACGACAAGUGCGGCUUCACUGGAAUCGUGUGCAAUUCGGAUGGUUUCGUCACCGAAAUCGAUCUCUCUCGAAAAGGCCUGGCGGGUACGCUCCCUUUCGAUUCGAUAUGCUCGCUUGGCUCUCUUCAAAAGAUUGAUCUUGGAGAUAAUCUUUUGCACGGUAAUGUUGCCGCCGACCUGAGAAACUGCACGAGCCUGAAGUACUUGGACUUGGGGUUCAAUUCUUUCUCCGGGAAAGUUCCUGAUUUGUCCACUCUGAGCGGGUUGGACUUCUUGAACCUGAACAACAGUGGAUUCUCAGGGGUCUUCCCAUGGAAGUCGCUCGAAAACAUGACCGAUCUGGGCUUUUUGAGCCUCGGAGACAACCCUUUCGAUGUGACGAGCCCCUUUCCCAUGGAGGUCAUCAAGUUGGAGAAGUUGAAUUGGCUCUACCUCACCAAUUGCAGCAUAAGAGGGCAAAUCCCGGAGGGCAUCGGGAACUUGACGCUUCUCGAGAAUCUCGAGCUCUCGGACAAUGAGUUGUCCGGCGAGAUCCCUCGGAGCAUCGCAAGGCUCGGCCAGCUCUGGCAGCUCGAGCUCUACAACAAUUCCUUGACUGGUAAGCUUCCUCUCUGGUUCGGGAACCUCACAAGACUCAUGAACUUCGAUGCGUCGCAUAACAGGCUCGGAGGCGAUCUCUCGGAGAUCAGGUUCUUGACAAGCCUGGCCUCCUUGCAGCUCUUUGAGAACCAGUUGACAGGGGAGAUUCCAGAGGAGCUUGGAGAGCUCAAGAAUCUUACCGAACUCUCUCUCUACUCAAACAGGCUGACCGGUUCGCUUCCUCCGAAGCUUGGCUCGUUGGCGGACUUCAAUUACAUAGAUGUGUCGGACAACUCGUUCACGGGAAGUAUCCCGCCGGAUAUGUGCAAGAAUGGGGAAAUGACUGAUCUUCUUAUGCUGGAUAACAGGCUCACCGGUACUAUCCCGGCGACCUACGCGAGUUGCUCAUCCUUAACUCGGUUACGCUUGAGCAAUAACUCGCUUUCCGGUGCCGUUCCUGCUGGAAUAUGGGGCUUGCCGAAUCUCACCAUAAUUGAUCUUGCAGCGAAUCGACUCGAGGGAUCGAUAGCGUCUGACAUCAGAAUGGGAAAAUCUCUGGCCCAGUUACUUCUAUCAGAUAACAGAUUUUCAGGCGAAUUACCAGAAGCAAUGUCGGAAGCAUCUUCUUUGGUCUCGAUUCAGCUGAGUUUGAAUGGAUUCGUGGGAAAGAUUCCGUCGACAAUUGGGAACUUGACAAAAUUAAAUACACUCGAUUUGAAUGGAAAUCUGUUCUCCAGCAGCAUACCUGAAUCGAUUGGCUCCUGUGUCGCCCUCGCCGAUGUAAACCUCUCAAACAACUCAUUGACUGGAGAAAUUCCGGACAGCAUCGGAAACUUACCGACUCUGAACUCCCUGAACCUAUCCAAUAAUGAACUUUCCGGUGUAAUCCCAUCGAGCCUGGCAUUGCUGAAGCUAAGCCUUCUCGAUCUCUCGAACAACCGGUUAACUGGUCCCAUACCGGACUCUCUAUCAAUAGAAGCCUACCAUGAUAGCUUCGAUGGGAAUCCCGGCCUGUGUAGCCAGAGGCUUAAACAAUUUCAGCCGUGUAUUUCGAGUUCACAGGCAACCACUCACCUCGGGGUUAUCCUCUCCUGCUUCUUCGCCGGAAUAUUUUUGUUGCUAAUAGUAUUCGCCAUUACGAUGUAUCUGAAGUUCAGAAAGAAAAGCAAUAGUCUCAAGAGUGUCAACAGUUUGUGGAGACCGGAUUCCUGGAACAUGAAGCCGUACCGAGUACUAAGCUUCACGCAGAGGGAAAUAAUCGAUCACGUAAGAACUGAGAACUUGAUCGGCAGGGGCGGAUCGGGGAAUGUGUACAAAGUCGUCCUGGGGAAUGGCAAAGAACUUGCGGUGAAGCACAUCUGGGCAUCGAGUUCAGGCAGCUUGAGAAGCCAUCGUAGCAGUUUGGCCAUCCUCAGCAAGAAGAGCACGGGCACGCCCGAGUACGAUGCUGAAGUGGCUGCACUGAGUUCGAUUAGGCACGUGAAUGUGGUCAAGUUGUACUGCAGCAUCACGAGCGAGGACAGCCACCUGCUUGUUUACGAGUACUUGCCGAACGGGAGCGUGUGGGAUCGGCUGCACGAGAGCCAGAAGAUGGAGAUGGGAUGGGAUGUGAGGUACGAGAUUGCGUUAGGGGCUGCCCGGGGAUUGGAGUAUCUGCACCACGGGUGUGCUCGGCCGAUUAUACACCGCGAUGUGAAAUCGAGUAACAUUCUGUUGGACGAGGAGUGGAAGCCGAGGAUAGCGGAUUUCGGGCUAGCGAAAAUUGUGCAGCCCGGUCCCGGUGGUAAUUGGACACAUGCCAUUGCAGGGACUCUUGGUUACAUAGCUCCAGAGUAUGCGUACACCAUGAAGAUCAAUGAAAAGAGCGACGUCUACAGCUUCGGGGUCGUCCUGAUGGAAUUGGUCACUGGAAGGAGGCCGAUCGAGUCGGAAUUCGGGGAGAACGAGGACAUUGUUCGCUGGGUGCGUGGAAACACGAGCAGCGAAAAGCCUUUGCUUGAUCUGGUGGACGCCAACAUUCCCGACACCCUAAAAGAAGACGCCGUUGAAGUGCUCCGGAUAGCCAUCCUUUGCACGGCUAACCUCCCAACCGUGAGGCCGUCGAUGAGGAUGGUGGUUCAGAUGCUAGAGGAGGCCGAGCCUAUCAGCCUCAAGAAUGUCCUCGUCGACAAAGUAGGCGAAAACAGCCAACAGACCGAAGAAAAGCAGCAAAACACCAAGCCCUCAAGCUGAUUCUUGUUCUCUGCGGCAGCAUUUCAUAUGGUAGACAGCAGUACAUUUACAUGGAUAAACCUUGAGGGAGCCCAUCUCGGCUUUGGAAUCGGUUAAUGCGCCUCAGUUUUUGGAGCUGAUGUGCUGAAUCCUGUUCAGAGCUGUUCUGAGAGACCGUAGAAAAAACUGAUCCUUCUAGCUUUUUGGGUGAACCAGGAAAAGACAGAGGAGUUGUAUCUUAGCCAAUAAAAUUUCCUUCGGAGAACAGAGUCACAGCACAUUCAUAGUCCUUAUUUUUUUUUUCUGGGUUCUUGUCCUAAUCAAAACGGGACAUUACGUGAUCCAAAAUUCGGAUGCUGAGUGUUUUCGAUAAGGUAAUCACUUCUUGCUCUUGUACUAAGCUCGUAGAAGAUUCUUGUCCCCUUUAGGCACAUAUACCUGCGAUCAAAAUAUAUGCAGAGCUUCUGUAGAUUAUGGUUGGCAAAUUAAUGAAAGAAAGAUACAUGAUUAAGACUGACUCCUGUUGCAUCUCAGUCUAUCCACGAGCUUUAUAACUGGU